CUGUCUAGAGCCUACUUGAAAUCAAACAGUAAAAAAUGUAAAUUCUUGUAAUGUUUCAACUGGCCUUAAAGUGUUGAUCAGGAGUGUUUAUGUACAUUGUUGACGGUGGUAAGUGUUUAUUAAGAGAGCGAAGUGUCUUUCUUGCUACCAGUUUGCGUAGGGUUGAAAGUACACACAGAGUCGAGUUGAAAUCCUGAGUUUUGUUAUGGACCAUAAGCUCUCUUCAGUGUGUUAUCAGUGCAAGAUGUACUGCAUAUGCAGCUUACGAAACUGAAAGAAGCUGUUAGUUUUCACUGUGGAUGCUCUCUCCAUUGAUUGAAAGUUGAGGCAUAACUGUGCAAACACAUGUAUCCUGGUUGUUAAGGAUUUGAUAAAUGUCACCUAUCCUCCCACCCCGCCCUUUAUUUAAACCCUGCUGUUCAAGCUGUGCUGGGCAACUGAGCCAGUCAGUAAUAAAACAUCAAAUGUUUACACAGCAAGUGAGAAAUACACCAACAAAAAUGGUAGCAAAAUGUUUUCUUCCUCUGGAAAAAGACUGAAGUACUGAGUGAAUGACUUUGCCAAAUAUUGAUCUUUGGUGAGUGUGCAGUUCCAUCUGUUGAAUCAGCAUCUGACUCCCCUCAGGUGUUGCAUGACCCAAGCCCCGCCUUCAAAGAGAUGCAAAUAUACCACUGCAGGUUUCAUUUUACACCUGGAGGCAAAGAACAGCAGUCAUCGAAUGACGGGAGCUCUGUUGAAAUGAAAACUAGCCGACAUGCAGUCGUCAGCUGAGAGCACUUAACAAAAGGAUCAGUCAACCGGUCACGAGCGCCAUCCCCACCGCUGCCACCGCUACUGCCACCACCCCUCCACGCCACCAUGGCCAUUGCAGACCUUUUAGGAGUCCAAUUCGACAUGCAGCUGCUGCUCAAGAUGAGUAUUUCUGUGGCAACAAUGCUUCUGGUGUCAUUGGCCUACAGGUUCUACAGCUCCAGGUACACAGAAGAAAGCCCAGUCCAGGAGAGCAAAGCACCACAGACUUGCCAGAGGUGCAAGACAGCCCUGCAGGGCACGGGGACCGAUGACGAACAACACGGACUUUUGCUCGCUGAUGAGCCAUCAUCUGACAGCACCAGAGAGGCAGAAGAUUAUUCAACCCAAGAACUUGGUAAUGUGGCACACUGUACUCAACAUAUUGGCAAAGAAGCAGAGAUAUCUUCAUUUCCAAACCAGGCAUUGGUGGCCUCCCGCGAUACUUCAACCGGCUCGUCUCUGGACCUUCCUUAUCCAAAAAAAAACGGGCUAGCCAGUGCAACAGGCCGACGUUCCCCUUGCUUUUUGAAGAAGUUGGAGGGCAGUACGGGCGUGGACAGAGAACUGAGGAAGGACUUGGAGCAACAUGGUGUCUACUCAAGCUUCCACUCCAAGGCAAAGGUCAGGGUGGAGGAUGCCAAGCUGGUAGUGGACACUCCAGAAGACCAGAUAGUGCGUGGGAAGAUAUACGAAUACUAUGUGGAGACUUCGUCUCACUAUACUACAGACCCGAACACCUUGCUGGACCCUGAUGUUACUGAGGAAUCCUCCUCUCUCGGGAAACAAAAGCUGAGGUCCUUGCAAGGGUCUGUACCCCUACGCAAGAAAAGCUAUCUGGCUGCUGCGGAGCUGUCAGAAUUGUCAAAUCCACCUCCAUCCUCUGUCGGCUCAACCAGCACUGAUCCCGUGGCAGUCAGUCCUUCCACAAACAAUACAUGCCUCAAUGUGAAUAAUGGAUCUGAUCUAGCAGCUGGACUAGUGAGUCCUUUGCUACACCUUUCCACUAAAACUCCAGAUUUUGAAACUCUAAAAAGUCAACUGGAUCUGGGUAACUGUUUAGAGGCACUCUUCUUUGCCAAAAAACAUGGGCAGAGCUCUGUGGAGCAAGCAGCACUCAGGUUCAUGUCCGACAACUACCUCCAGGUCCUGCGGGACGGCAACCUUUAUGGGCGGCUCACGGAUGCCGAGCGGGAACAACUCCAGAGGCAAAGAGAAAGAGGAAAAAGAUUCAUUAUGGUGGCGGAUAUGGACCCCCAAGACGUGUCGAGGAAAACGAGAGGAAUGAGAAGAAUGUCUAGUGCUGUGUACUAUUACAACGACUGCGUGGAUGCUUGGCAAACGCUUUGCCCUAUCCCACAGGAAGUCAUCAGCAAAGCCUGUGCCAUGUGCACAAUGGAUAACUACUUAUUUGUUGCAGUGGAAUGCCAAGGCAUCAAGAGUGAAAUGAGCCCCUCAAAGCGAGUGUUUUGCUACAAUCCUUUGACAGACAUUUGGAAGGAGAUCAGUCCCAUGAAUGAAGCCAGACCUCGCUGCAAAUUGGCUGCACUGGACGGCCACGUCUAUGCCAUCGGAGGGGAGUGCCUCUCCUCAGUUGAGCGCUACGACCCACGAUCGGACAGAUGGACUUUUGUGGCCCCUCUCCCUAACGAUACAUUCGCCGUGGCCCACCAUGUGAUGGUGUGCAAUGGGGAGCUGUUUGUCUCUGGGGGGAGUCUCCGUUGCAUGCUGCUGCGCUACAGCCCUAAAAUGGACAUUUGGAGGGGGAGUCUGCUAGCAAGCGGGAAAGACAGGAUUGUAGACAUGGUGGCCGUGGGACCCUUUGUGUAUCGCUUUGAAGUAAACCCCCUUCUGGGGGUUAGCGUGUACCGCUAUCACACUGUGGCCCGACUGUGGUACGAGUGUGCCGCCAAACGGCUUCUCCGCUGCCCCGCUUUCCAGUGUGUGGCGAUGGACGAUACCAUCUACUGUGUCAGCCGUGACUUCACCCUUAAGUUUGAGGCUGAUGAGGUCUCUCCUGCUUUCACAGAUGACAAUUUCACUGUCCCCCCUGCAGCCAAGGGCCUACUUGUUCCCUUUGUUUUGUCACUCCCUGAUAAGAGGCCUCUCCAGACAAGUGUGUAGCACAGAUUAGGUUUUGUAGCGAUGAUAACGUUCUGCUUCCCAGCUCGACCUCAAGUAGCUUUUUGACCAUGGCUGUAGCGAGCCAUGAGGUCCCAGAGGUCCAGACUCACACUGAUAUAUGCACCCUUACCCAGUGUUGGAUGGAUUGAUUAGCUAAAAGUUUUACAUGCUCAGCUGUACGUCCUGGAUGUUUAAUAUUCAUAAGUUAUUCAUGAAUAAAGUCAGAAUACAAAAAAUACAAGGUAAUAAAACCCUCAAUGCAUGAGGAUCUUAAAAUAAUGCCCUGUCUUUGAGUGACCGUAUUUGCUUUGUGCAUGCUUUCUGUG